AUGAACAUCGACGCCCCAAAUAUGCUUGCUGGUUAUUUGAUGGAGUAUAAUGCUUCUCAUGCCAUAGUCUUCAAUACAAAAGAAUUGAUUUUAAAACGCGGUCUUCUUACUCAUGAACCAAUUCCGUUGCAACUUGCAACUUGGUAUGAUUUCCGUCAUUUGAAGCAGCCCAGACAGAAUGGAGAACAAUCGCGACUGGAAAAUUUCGAGUUUUUCGUCGGGCGCCAGAACACAGAAGUGUACGCCAGGUCUUGGGCUGUUAGUCCGGGAGAGGAGCUUCCAAUGGAAGUCCGGGAGAAGUACAAGGGCAAAGUGUGGGCUCCUUACUUUGGAUUGCUUAACGACACAAAUGGAAUGUUCGAGAGGAAAUUCGGAAAAGGUGGAAUAGGCUCGAUCGUCGUCCGCUAUGUCAAUCGCUCAAAUGAAGUAUUUGAGCUCGAGCAAGUCGACGACCGUCAAUACAAUUUCCAAGCGCCCAACCGACCAGCGCCAUGGAACCAACCCGCGCUCUCAAAUUACUACGAUGCGUUUCCAAGUCGGCUGGAUAAGGUUUGCGCUCGCUCAUGUGCCCGAUUCGCACUUUGCGUCUGUGACGGAGCUGUCAACUACGCUCAAAAUAAGAAUCAUCACGGUUCCACAGAGGCAUGCGCCCGAUUGGUGAGCUCCAGUCUUGGUGUCAUUCGAAGUUGCUAUGAAGCAGAAAUCGGCAACUGGUAUCAGCACUCCGUGAAUGAUCAAAAAGAGAGCAAGCACAAUCUUUAUAUGAGAUCAAACGCAUACAAUCUACAGCAAAUCGAACCACCGCUUCCCACUGAAGUGGUGGAUUGUGGGAAUGAUGUGGAGGUCACCGCAACGUUUAUUUUUGACCACAAUCAUUUUGAGGAAGAAUGGAGUCAUGAGAUCACCGACUGGGAGGAGAGAAAGACAGGAAUCCAACCCAAGGUGAUAUUCUACAAUGUUUACUUGGGAAAGGUUAGAAUCCCCAAACAUUUGGCUAUUCAAGUAAUUAAGCUCGUUGAAAGCCUCCAAAGGGAUUGUUACGAGAGAUUGAAAACGGACCCAAUUACUGUAAUUGUCAAGGUUCGCCUAUUUGAUAACUAUUUAAAACGAAACAACAAGAACCCGGGCAACGAACUCUAUGUGGUUACAUCGGUAGUAGACGUGGAGUAUUUGGAGUGA